GAAUGUAUAUGUAAACGGACCUAACAACAGAGACCGAAUGCAGAGCAGAGCAGAGCAGCAAGUCUUCACUCCCUGAACCUGUUCUCUGUGGAUUUAAUCUCUGUGUGUUUGUUGAAGAUGUCUGAUGAAGAGGAGGACUACAUGUCAGAUGCCUUCCUCAGUAAAAUUCAAGACGUGAAGCCAGGCGUGAGCAUGUCGAGGAGGGUCAAAGAAGCGAUGAAGAAGGAGACCAAGCAUAAAGAGACCAACAUCAAGAACCGACAGAAGACCUUCAAGGAGCAGGAGACAGAAAGUAGAGAGGCAGCUUUACAGAACACCAUCAGCAAUGAGAACAAGGGAUUCGCUCUUCUGCAGAAAAUGGGUUACAAAGCUGGUCAGGGCCUCGGGAAGAAAGGAGCAGGGAGGGUGGAGCCUAUUCCACUCAAUAUCAAAACAGACAGAGGUGGGAUCGGGAUGGAGGAGGUGAAGAAAAGAAAAGCAGAGGAACAACUGGAGAGCUACCGUCAGAAAGCACGAGCCCAGCAACAGAAUGAGACCAAAUCUCUGGAAGACUUUCGGUCGAGAGUUCGGACAGAGAGAGAGGAACGCAAGAUUGAAGGAGAUCUCGGGAGGAGUCAACGAGCCUGUUCGCAGCUCGACAGUCAGAAGGGCAUCCUUGUGCCCAGGGAGUUGUGGUACUGGCCUAAAGUGGAGUCUGAGGAGGAGGAAGAUGAUGAUAAGGAGGAGGAAGAAGAAGAGGAGGAGGAGGAGGAUGAGUUUGUAGAAUUAACUUCCUUUGACAAACUCCAGAUUCUGACGUCCUAUCUGAGAGGAGUCCAUUUUUACUGCAUAUGGUGUGGGACCACCUACAACGAUGAAGAUGACUUGUGCUCUAACUGUCCUGGAGACACAGCUGCAGACCAUGAUUGAACUUGGGGGGAUCAAAGUGAUCAUUUUAUGUGUUACAUAAAUCAUAGAACUGUUUAAUGCAGGAGACGUUAAGUCCUGGUUUGAUGCAUGUUUGCAGGAUGUUGUCUUAAAAUCGUCCUUACUUUGAUAAAUCCAGUUUGAUAUUCAGGAUGUGGUUUGAGUAUUUGUAGAUGUACAAAGUGUCUGAGACGUGUUCAAAGAGCAGUCCAUACUUCUGUUUUCAUUAAAUGUUUUUUUUUAUAGA